UAUAAAAAACCAAAGGCGUGCAAUAUAAAAAAAAUAUGAAUAUGCCUUAAAUGGAAGUUUCACGAUUCUACAAUAAAUCAUCACUCAUACACAUAUGCACGUAAUUGCAACGUAUGCAAUAUGAAUCACCUUUUCAUCAAACCGUCAAAAAUUUGCAAAAUAGAAAGUUAUAUGCAAGCUAUAUUUGAAAGCUGGCAACAUGGACAUCUGUAUUAUGUAUUAUAUUUUAAUAACAUUAAGUAUUUUUAGAAAUUUAGCAGAAUGUAUAGAAACAGGAAACAAAACAGAGGAUGAUGUUUUUCCUAGCUCGCCACCAGUAAUAUGCCCGCCAGCAUGUCUUAGUGAUGAUCACCCAUGUAAAUGUUACAGUGAUGGUUGGAUAGAUUGUAAUGGGAAAAACCUUACAAGUAUUCCAGUUUUACCACCAUGCUCGAGACUGAUAAAUCUACAAGGAAAUAACAUCACAUCUAUAGAUCAAGUUGACUUUUCAGAAACAAUAGAUACUCAAAUCAUUGAUCUUUCAUACAAUAAAAUUACCGAGCUUCGGUCAGGAAUUUUUAUACAGUUAAAAGCAUUAAAAGCUUUAACGCUCCACCGUAAUUCCAUAGUACACAUCAGUGAUUGUGCUUUCUAUGGAUUAACUGCACUGACGUCAUUAGAUUUGUCACGAAACAAUAUAACGGUCAUACCGUCAACAGCUUUUGAUGACAACACAGCUUUGAGAGAAAUAACAUUGUAUGAAAAUAAACUGAGUGACCUCAGCCUGAGAUGGUUCGAAAACAAGACAUCAUUGGAGACAGUGGCACUGGGACAAAAUACUUGGAAUUGCAGUUGUGAAUUAAGAAAAUCGUAUGACACAAUAGUCAACACCUCUGGGAUUCAGGUUGAUUGCCAAGAUAAUACAGACACAAUCUUCAGUUCAAUGUGCAUACGAUGUUCCAGUCCAUAUUAUAUGCGUGGAUUCACUCUUUAUAAUAUUACAAAAGAAAAUUUGACGAGUUGUGAUGAAAACAUUACCAGCAGUGUUAAUAAUAUUCAAGAAAUACCAACUUGUGAAAACGUCAUCCCAGUAACAAGGCAAAAACUAAUGAACACGAGUGAAGCAACCAUGACAACAGUGACAACACCAUUACUAACAACGACAAGAAAUUUCAACCUGAGCUCAACGACAGAAUCGGCUUUAAAAAACACCACAAUCUUAAUCUCAGAAUCCAGCACAAAACGACCCCACAUGAAAAAUUCAUCAAUGGAUUCAUGGGUCGUUGUCUUAAUCGUUAUUGUUGUUUUGAUCCUGAUUAGUUUUAUCGCAACUUCUAUAUGGUGCAAUGACAGAAAAAGAAGGAAAUUACUAAGGAGAAAGUCCUAUGGCACAGAAGAAACAACAUUGUGAUAUCACCUGUGUCUAGAGAUGGCCAGAAUCGAAUUAUACUAUAAUAUAGUAUAUUAUAUUAUAUCAUGUUCGAUGGAAAAUUUAAGGAAAAAUUGUAAACUCAUAGAAAUGCAGAAUAAUUGAGAUAAACAAUGUUUUUCUAUACUUUUACGAUGCCAUAAAUAAAAAAGAAUUUUCUAGAAAGAAAUUUGCUCAAAGCAAAGUCAUGCGACUGAAGUGCCAAAAUGUUAAGAUCUUGAAAUUACAAAUGAAAACAAUUCUCGAAAUUUUUUGGAAAAUUGGGAAUUUAAUAUCUAAUAUAAACAAUUAAAUACUCCUGCAUUCAAUAUAAAACUUGAUUAAACAAUAAAGAAUCACCAAAAUCAAAUGUUUGAGAACAACUAUCUAUACCUCAUGAGUGUAAUUAUCGAAUUUAUGUCGAUUAUUAUGAUGUCCAUUGUCCAGUAAAUGUUGUGUACAGAAGAGCUUCCCAAACUAGGGGACAAAUUUUAGGGACAGCAAAGAGUACACCAAUUUUAAACAAAGUACUAUAUCUGUUGUACUUUUUUAGACUCUUGAUUCGAAACACAAUUAU